AGGUUGUCUGGGUAACUAGAAAGGACGCUUUUAUCCCUCGCACCGCACCGCAGCAGAGCAAAACCACAACAGUGGACAGUUGCCAUUUAUGUUGUUACGACUAUUGACCAUUUUAUUUGGACUGCACAUAGCUAGAAGAAAGCUUUUCAGAUAAGGGAGCACUGGGGACAUGGCGGUGUACUUUGAUCACCGUAUAGAGGCCCCUGAGUCAAGCGGGGGCCCCUCUCAGGUGGCAUGGCAUCCCACUCAGCCUGUACUAGCAGUGGCCUCCAACAGCCCCACCACCGGGGGCAACAUCGACCUUUACCUCCAACAGGGUGAGCACGUAGGGAGCUGCCAUGUGGACCGUACCUUCCAGCCCACGGUGCUGUGUUGGCACCCCACCAAGCCUCUGCUGGCUCUGGGCUGGGAGACAGGCGAGGUGCUGCUGCUCACACACCCCUCUGGAGAGCAGACGCCGCUGCCCGCCACACAUACUGCCUGCAUCACCCUGCUGGAGUGGAGCAGCUCCGGCAGCCGCCUGAUCACCGGGGAUCAGAUGGGAGUUCUCGCGUUAUGGAAGGUGGACGCCCGAGGAAGACUACAGGGAAGUCACAUAGUGAAACACGACUACACCAAGCCCUUAACCUACUGUAUCUUCAGACCAGCACCCCCGGGAGAGGAUGUGGCGAUGCUGGCGCGGGCGGCAGUGGGCGGGGACGAGAGUGCCCUGGACAUGUUCAACUGGAGGAAGGCUGGGAAUGGACCGCCGCUCAAGAUGGGUCCUCAGGAGGGUCUGGUGUUCUACGUCGGCACGGCAGACGGCAAGGUGCACUGUGUGGAUGAGCAUGGCAGGAGCAGCCCAGUGCUCAGUGUGGACGGCUCCAUUCAGAAGCUCUUCUAUCUGAAGAGGAGAGAAGUCCUGGCCGUUGUCACGGAAACACUUUUGCUGUCACAGUACACUCUGGGACCUGAGGGGGGAGCCCAGGAGCUCAUGAAGGUGAAGCUGAGUGGAAAAGGUGGCCAAAGCGCAGACAUCGUUUCAACAGAGACAGGCCUCCUCAUCACAGCUACAGGGGAACAGGUCAUCAGGCUCUGGGACUUGGAGAGGGAUGACAACUAUGUGCUUUCUCUGGAUGAGAGCCUUGGCUUUGAGAAAGGAGAGGUGUUGAACUGUGUCUCCUACUGCACAGCCAAAGAGAUCCUAGCUGCAGGCACCAACAGGGGGCGUAUAGCUCUGUGGAGGAUGGUGAGCCAGCCCAACACCAGGACAGACAUCAAGACCCAGUGGAAACUACAGACACCCACGGAGAUCGAGGGCAAUGUCACCCAGCUUCAGUGGGGCUCCAACCUGAACCUGCUGGCUGCCAACAGUGUGACCACAGUGCUGAUCCUCUGUGAGCACGUCAUGUCUGCCCACUUCGGCCAGCAGGUGGCAGCGGUACAGCUAACCCCAUCUCAGCUCAGCCUCACAAUGUUCAACACCAACUCCCACCUCACCCUGCGUUCCGACAUGCACAUCAAGGGUGUCUGUGUCACCAAGGACACAGUCACAGUGUGGAACGGGAAGCAGGUCACUGUGUACGAACCCUCGGGGGCAACUCUACGCAACACAGGCUCUUUCCUGUGUGAGUCCCAGGUCUUAGCUGUGCAUGAUGAGAAUAUCUACACUGUGGAGCCCAAUCGAGUCCAGGUCCGCACACCACAGGGCACAGUGAAGCAGCUACUAGCCUUCUCUGAGGCCGAGGGCAACCCUGUGCUGCUCAGUGUGUGUCAGGGCUACCUGGUGGUGGGAACAGACACAGCUCACAUCAAGGUCUUUGACCUCACUCGCAGAGAAGCCAAGGCCCACUGCAGUGCUAAGAACCUAGUGGACCUGACCCCUAAUCUGGGAGCCCUGAAAUCGGUCAAGUGUAACGCCAACGGCAACCAAGUCAGCAUCCUGGUCACUCAGGUGAAUGGGAGACCUGACCACAGAAUGUACUUCUAUGACGUAGAGAUGGACACACUGUCUCACUUUGACUUCUUCACUGGUAGACCGCCUAGUGGCAUCUCACAGGCCGACGACACAGAAAGACGGCCACUGACAGAGCUGAGCGAGAGAUGUCCUGUGUCUCAUUUCUGGGACGAGAACGAGCCUCGUCUGUUUGUGUGUGAGACGGUACUGGUCAGCUCUCCCCAAAUGGACCAUCUGGACAGGGUGGAUGUGCUCGUGGUGACGUUUUUCUGCACUCAGGAACAUGGGCUCCUCCUGCAGGACUCCUACCCCAAACCAGCCGGCCUGCAGGCCCUACUGGCCCUGGACGUUCCCUACUACUACUUCACCUGUAAGCUGUUGUUUCGGAGGGGUGGUAUCUCUUUACCAGAACCAGGUGAGAGGGAUCCAGAGACGGAGGAGGCCCAAGCUCCAGACCCCACCCAAUCUCCAUCCCUGGCCCAGGCCUCAGCCCCGGCUGCCCAGUCCCCCCACAUGGUGUCCAGACGAGCCCUCCGGGACUUUCAGGGCCUGGAGAACUGUGAAAAGGCCACCCGCGAUGCCAUGCUCAACUUUAGCUUCUACCUGACCAUCGGAAACAUGGACGAGGCCUUCAAGUCCAUCAAGCUCAUCAAGAGUGAGGCAGUAUGGGAGAACAUGGCGAGGAUGUGUGUGAAGAACCGGCGUCUGGACGUGGCACGGGUGUGUCUGGGCAACAUGGGUAAUGCCAGGGCGGCGCGGGCACUACGGGAGGCCGAGGCCGAGCCUGAACUGGAGGCCAGGGUAGCAGUACUGGCCCUUCAACUGGGCAUGCUGGAGGAUGCAGAGAAGCUGUAUAAGAGCUGCGGCCGCUUCGACCUCCUGAACAAGUUCUACCAGGCAUCUGGCCAGUGGCAGAAGGCCGUGGAGACAGCCGAGACCCACGACCGUAUCCACCUCAGGACCACUUACUACAGCUAUGCCAAAUACCUGGAGGCCAUCGGAGACAAGAGCAUGGCCCUCGUGUUCUUUGAGAAGUCUGACACCCACCGGUUCGAGGUACCCAGGAUGCUCCUAGAUGAUGCACUGUCUCUGGAGAUCUACGUCAACAAAAUGAAGGACAAAAAUAUCUAUAAGUGGUGGGCUCAGUAUCUGGAGAGCCAGUCAGACAUGGAGUCAGCACUACGCUACUACGAAUACGCACAGGACUUCCUCUCUCUGGUCCGCGUGCACUGCUACCUGGGGAACAUUCAGAAGGCGUCGGAGAUAGCCAAUGAGACGGGGAACCGUGCUGCCUCGUACCACCUAGCCCGGCAAUAUGAGAGUCAGGAGGAGAUCAAACAGUCUGUCCACUUCUACACACGAGCUCAGGCCUACAACAACGCCAUCCGCCUCUGCAAGGAGAAUGGUCUGGAUGACCAGCUGAUGAACCUGGCUCUCCUCAGUAACCCAGAGGACAUGAUGGAGGCUGCCUGUUAUUACGAGGAGAAGGGUUCUCAUAUGGACCGUGCUGUCAUGCUCUACCACAAGGCUGGUCAUUUCUCCAAGGCUCUGGAGGUGGCCUUUGCUACAGAACAGUUCGCUGCACUGCAACUCAUAGCAGAGGACCUGGAUGAGACAUCUGACCCGGCCCUGCUGGCCCGCUGCUCUGACUUCUUCAUCAAACACGGCCAGUAUGAGAAGGCUGUGGAGCUGCUUGUGGCCGCCAAGAAGUACCACGAGGCCCUGCAGCUGUGUCUGGACCAGAGCCUGACCAUCACCGAGGACCUGGCUGAGAGUAUGACCGUGACCAAGGAGUCCAAAGACCUCUCAGAGGAGGCCCGCAAAGAGCUGCUGGAGAGAAUAGCUGACUGCUGCAUGCGCCAGGGCAACUACCACCUAGCCACCAAGAAAUACACACAGGCUGGCAACAAGCUAAAAGCCAUGCGGGCGCUCCUGAAGUCAGGGGACACAGAGAAGAUAGUGUUCUUCGCUGGCGUGUCACGUCAGAAGGAGAUCUACAUCAUGGCCGCCAACUACUUGCAGUCUCUGGACUGGCGGAAAGAUCCGGAAAUCAUGAAGAACAUUAUUAGCUUCUACUCCAAAGGCAGGGCUCUGGACCUGCUAGCUGGCUUCUAUGAAGCUUGUGCCCAGGUGGAGAUAGAUGAUUACCAGAACUAUGAGAAGGCACUGGGUGCUCUGACGGAGGCCUAUAAGUGCCUUUCUAAAGCUAAGGGCCACAGCCCAGACGAACACGAGGCUCGCAUGGCUGAGCUGCAGCACAAGAUCACUCUGGUCAAGAGGUUUGUCCAGGCACGCAGGUUGUAUGAGGAGGACCCAGGGGAGGCGGUGCGUCUGUGCGAAGCCCUGCUAGAAGAGCCAGACCUGGACCCUGCUGUCAGGAUAGGAGAUGCAUACGGCUUCCUGGUGGAGCAUCACUGUCAGCGGGGCAGCUUCCAGGUGGCCUACCGCAAGCUGCAGGAUCUGCAGAAGCUGCUGCCCUCUCUGAACAUCAGCUACUACGUGAGCCAGGGCAGCCUGGAUGCCCUGCAGAGGGCAGUGGGUGUACCCCUGGGCCGGGGGCAGCUCUCAGGCAGGGGAGACCGACGCGACAGCGGGGGAGAGGAAGACGAGGUGGAGGAGGACGAAGCCCUGGUGUCCCACCAAGGGGACUGAGGGCUGGGACACAACCCUGGUCUUGUGGGGCAAGAGGGUGUGCACGGUGUUGUUGUAGCCCACAGCUGUCUAACCUGAUUCAGCUUAUCACGGUCUUGAUGAGCAGUUGAUUAGUUGAAUCAGAGUCCUAGGCUGGGACAAAAGCUUGCAUUUACUGCAGCCCUGCAAAAACAGGAAUGAAGAACGCCUCACUAAAGCCACAGACUUCUAAACUAGGACUAGAAAGACAAGGUGGCCUGAUUCUAUGGCCCUUUCAUACAGGGUUAAAAACCUAACACGUUGCACCCUCCAAGAGGAUGGAUAGUAUACUCAGUGCAGAGUAUAAUGUUACACCCGAUGGAUCACUCAGUAUACACACAGAGUAUAUUUAUGGUAGAUGAAAUUCAAAAUAUAUUUACCAUACAAAUAGUUGGAUUUCAGAUAUUUUUUACACUAAUAAGCCUUUACUUCCAUUUGACAGAAAGGAAAAAUACAUUGCUGUACCUUGCACAACUAUACAAUAUUUGUUCUGCUGAUGCCGUUUAGCUCAUUUUGCCUCAUGCAGAAUGUUCUCUUUCAACACAAAAUAAAGCCGCCUUUGGAUCUGAAAGUUGUGUGCAUCUUGGACCUAAACCGUCCUAAAAUUGAAACACCAAUGUUUUCUUUACCUGAAAUGCAUUUUGUAUUUGUGGUCAGAGUUUGUACAUUUCAACUGAAUGUGGUUUGUGUCGUGUGUAUUGAUAGUGUUUUGUACAUUUCUGUGAGUUAAAUUGAAAUCUUUGAGAUAUUUUGCAAAGUAAUCUGUACAGUAUUUUACCAUUUUUAAAUAAAAUGUUUAUACCUUU